GGCGGGCGCACACAGCGAGCGGGCACAGCGCCCCCCAGCGGCCGCCGUCGUCUCCGUCUCCCGGGGCAACGCGAUGGCCGCCGUCGCCGCCGCCAAGGGGACCCAGCUGGGCCCGCUGGUCGGGGCCGUGGACCAGGGCACCAGCUCCACCAGAUUCCUGGUUUUCAAUGCAAAAACAGCAGAACUCCUUAGCCAUCAUCAAGUGGAACUAAAACAGGAGUUUCCAAAAGAAGGAUGGGUGGAGCAAGAUCCGAAGGAGAUUCUGCAGUCUGUCUACGAGUGUAUAGAGAAAACCUGUGAGAAACUUGUCCAGCUCAAUAUCGACAUCUCCAACAUCAAAGCCAUCGGUGUCAGCAAUCAGCGAGAAACCACCGUGGUCUGGGACAAGUUCACCGGAGAGCCUCUCUACAAUGCUGUCGUGUGGCUCGACCUAAGAACUCAAUCCACAGUCGAAGCUUUCGCUCAGAAAAUUCCAGGAAAUAAUAACUUUGUCAAGUCUAAGACGGGUCUCCCCAUCAGCACUUACUUCAGCGCCGUGAAACUACGCUGGCUCCUUGACAACGUGGAAGAAGUCAGAAAAGCCGUCGAAGAUGAUCGAGCUAUGUUUGGUACCAUCGACUCGUGGCUCAUUUGGAGUAUGACCGGCGGGAAGAACGGAGGCGUCCACUGCACAGAUGUGACCAACGCCAGCCGGACCAUGCUGUUCAAUAUCCACACCCUGGAAUGGGAUCCCGAGCUCUGCCAGUUUUUCGAAAUCCCGAUGGAAAUACUUCCGAGCGUCAGGAGUUCCUCAGAGAUCUACGGCUUGAUGAAAAUCUCUGGUAGCCUGAAAGCCGGAGCCUUGGAUGGAGUGCCGAUCUCUGGGUGUCUGGGGGACCAGUCGGCAGCUCUAGUCGGACAGAUGUGUUUCCAGAACGGACAAGCCAAAAAUACGUAUGGGACAGGCUGUUUCUUGCUGUGUAACACAGGCCAAAAGUCGGUGUUUUCUGAGCAUGGCCUGCUAACCACGGUGGCUUACAAACUGGGCAGAGACAAGCCAGUAUGCUACGCGUUAGAAGGAUCGGUCGCGAUAGCCGGCGCGGUGAUCCGCUGGCUGAGAGACAACCUCGGCAUCGCCAAGUCGUCCGAGGAGAUCGAAAAACUGGCUCAAGAAGUGGGGACAUCUUACGGCUGCUAUUUCGUCCCGGCCUUCUCCGGACUGUAUGCCCCGUACUGGGAGCCCAGCGCCAGGGGGAUCAUCUGCGGCCUGACUCAGUUCACCAACAAGAACCACAUCGCCUUUGCCGCGUUGGAGGCGGUCUGCUUCCAAACCCGAGAGAUUUUAGAUGCUAUGAACAAAGACUGUGGAAUUCCCCUGAGCCACUUACAAGUCGACGGCGGGAUGACCAACAACAAAAUCCUCAUGCAACUUCAGGCCGACAUCCUCUGCAUUCCAGUGGUCAAGCCCUCCAUGCCCGAGACCACAGCCCUGGGGGCCGCCAUGGCUGCCGGCUCAGCGGAAGGAGUGGCCGUCUGGAGCCUGGACCCCGAGGACUUGUCGGCCGUCACCAUGGAACGAUUCGAGCCUCAGAUAAACGAAGAGGAGAGUGAAGUCCGCUACGCCACGUGGAAGAAAGCGGUGGUGAAGUCGAUGGGCUGGGCCACUGCUCAGACGAGCUCGCAGGGUGACCCUAGUAUCUUCUGUAGUCUUCCCCUGGGCUUUUUUAUAGUGAGUAGCAUGAUAAUGUUAAUCGGAGCAAGGCACAUCUCAGGGGUUCCAUAAAGCGGCGCGCCUCCACGACUCCAGGAUGCAGACAUUCGGACGCGCCCAAACGAUCCAGCAAUUCCGUCUCAUCCACGUGAGGGUGACGUUACCCAUAGGACUCUGUUUUAUUUCUAAGCCGCUGCUCUCAGUACCCGCGAGGUCCUGGCGGGUAGACUUGUGCUUUGAAAUAAAGAAAAUGCAGGUGAAAGAACAGCGCAGGCACA